UUCUCGCAGUUCCCGAAGCUUUAAACUCUUGGAUGGAAGAAUACGCUCUCGAAUCCAAAUUCAGUCAACAGUCAUCCAAGUUUCACAGUUUAGUCAUCUUCAGCCUCCAUUUUACCGAACAAAGCUCUGUCUUUCUUCUUCAAGCAGUUGGUAUAGCCCUCAAGCACCAGUUUCCUUUCUGCAUCUCUAAACUAUCCACUUCGGUAUGAACUGACGCGUAAACAUCGCGUUUUGUAGUUCAUUUGCUGGGUGAAGCUCGAUCUCAGCUUGGAAAGGCGUGGUUUAGUGUUUGAGACGCUCGAAUUGUCGUUCCCCCGACUCUUUGAAAAGUUAAUUAGGGUUCCCGAGAUCCGUCAACUGUAAAUUUUGACGACUGAUAAGUCUUUCCUGCAGCAUACCAUCUUUCGUAUCUGAGCAGGUUGGUUGACAGGGGCGCUGUAUUGGUGGUGGAAGUAGACCUGGGAUUGAAGUUGAAUAUGGGAUUUAUGCUGAUGUUCGUUUUACUCCCGGGCCCAGAUUGAAGUGUUUGGUGACAAACUAGGGUUUUGCAUUGUAAAGGUUUGAAUUGGUAUUUGUUGUUGACUUCUUGGUUUGGCUGUAGAGUAGAGGACUGCAGCUUCAAGCACGUAUCUUUAAAGAUAAGAAUUUGCGGUUCUGUUGGUGUUGUAAGAGUUUCUCCGUUAGGCAGUAGAGUAGAAAUAGAAAAGAAAUGUUCUAUUCGCAGUUUAUACUCGCUAAAAAGGGUCCUUUAGGGACCAUAUGGAUAGCUGCACAUCUGGAGAGAAAGCUAAGAAAGAAUCAGAUUGCUGAUACUGAUAUUGGCGUCUCUGUAGACACAAUUCUUUCCCCUGAUGCUCCAAUUGCUCUCCGUUUAUCUAGCCAUCUUCUGCUUGGUGUUGUGAGGAUAUACUCUAGAAAGGUGAACUACCUUUUUGAUGACUGUAGUGAGGCGUUGCUCAAGGUCAAACAAGCUUUUCGCUCAACAGCUGUGGAUUUACCUCCGGAAAAGUCUAAGGCACCAUACCACUCUAUCACAUUGCCCGAGACUUUUGAACUUGAUGAUUUUGAACUUCCAGACAUUGACAUUAUUCACGGUAACUAUGUAGACCAUCAUGUGAGCUCAAAAGAGCAAAUUACACUCCAAGACCCCAUGGAAGGUGUUGCUUACUCCACAUCUAAAUUUGGACCAGAUGAGAGGUUUGGUGAUGGCGAUACUUUAGGCUUAGACUUUGAUGAGGAAUUGUUUUUGGACAAUGUUGCUGCCACAGGAGAUGCUGGUGUAAGUGUUGACGCUCAAGUGUCUGUUGAACCUAUGACGCCUUUGAAGCAAGAUGAACUUCAUGAUGCUAUGGCUGCAAAUUCAGAGAGCAUGGUUGAUGGUGCUGAAGGAGAUACUGAUUUUGUGGAGUAUGCACAUGCCCCAUGCACCCCUGGGCUAGCAGAGGAGCCAAAUUUAUCUAACAUUCAAGAGACUUCUGCAUGUGAUGACCAUUUAGAAAAUGAGUAUCAGAAUCCAACUAAAUCAAUCAUAGAAGGACGCGUGCAUAAUAUUCCCUUGGGAGAUGAUGUUUGUGAUGGGAGUAGUCUUACCAGGCAUAUGCCUAUGCCUAAUAAUGCACAUCCUGAUGCAGUCUCAGAUACCCAGUUUGAGGAGAAUGGAUGCCAUUCAGGAGCUGUACAGUUUCCAUCUUCUGAAGUUGCUUUUGAAUGUUUUCCAUUGGAUAACCACACUUUGGUGUCUGAAACACCAGCUCAUGUUAAUCCGGUCAGUGCCCCUUUGCAAGAGUUAACUGAUGAGACUGUUAAGCCAUCUGAUGACCCCAAAGAGGCGGAAAUAACUCAGAAUCAGAUUUUUGACAAUGACAAGGUGGACAUAUCUUCACACAGUGGCUUGGACAAAGACUACCCAAGUCACGAUAGAAUUAAUUUGAAAGAAAAUGCAUGCAAUAUUCCUGGUUUAAAGAGUAUUGAAUUUUCAGUUUCAGUUGAUGCUAUGCAAGUCUAUCAGACAUCACCUAAUGGACAUGAACCAGAAAUUCAUCAAGAGCGAAUAAAUUCCAUCAAUUUAAUGAACUCAGCCCAAUUUCACAUUCUGAAACCAUGCAGUGCUCAGAACCAAGCUGACACAUCAAAACCAUGCAGUGAACACCUUGAUCUUGAGAUACAAUCUGAUUGUAAUGGCCUCUAUUCUCCUAAAACUUCUGAAGUAGACAUCUCAUCUACUUUAGAGCCUUCUAUUGUCCAAGGUGAGACAUGUCCUCUUACCAAGAAUUUCGAACAUAUAUGUUGUGAGAAUCACGAGGAAGGGCCUAAACUGUGCGGAGUCGGUCAGGCAAGUAGUGAGAAAUCAAAUGUUCUAGUGGAGGAUGUCGCUGUCAUUUCUGCGCAUUGCCCAGAACAAAAUCCAUGUAACUCAGCUCUUCAAGAAGUGCCUAAACUGUGCGGAGUCAGUCAGGCAAGUAGUGAGAAAUCCAAUGUUUUAGCGGAGGAUGUUGCUGUCAUUUUUGCGCAUUGCCCAGAACAAAAUCCAUGUAACUCAGCUCUUCAAGAAGUGCCUAAACUAUGCGGAGUCAGUCAGGCAAGUAGUGAGAAAUCAAAUGUUCUAGCGGAGGAUGUCGCUGUCAUUUCUGCGCAUUGCCCAGAACAAAAUCCAUGUAACUCAGCUCUUUCUGAUCUUCCAACACCUGAGAAAUUUGUGUCUGUACCAGGAGGAGUUGUUGAUUUACAAAGAGGUGUUUUAGUAGAGGAUUCACAAGGAUUGUCAGGUAGGAUUAAUGACACUUGUCCUAGUGAUUCCAAAUUCAUAUCUGGAAGAAAGCGCAGUUAUACUGAAAGCACACUAACAGAACAAAGUCUAAACUCAUUUGAAUCGUCAAGGAUGACCCAUUCCAGAACCACAGAACUUAUUCCCAAUGAUGAAGAUUUGUUGUCUUCGAUACUCGCGGGGAAAAGAUCAUCAACCCUGAAAUUUAAGCCCACUCCUCAUGAUAAGUCAUCUAUCAAACGCCGUCGCAUUGCCCGGACUAGUAUUUUAAAGAGGAAAGUGCUUAUGGAUGUUACCAUGGUGUUGCAUGGGGAUACUAUACGGGAACAACUAACUUAUACUGAAGAUAUACGUCGUGUACGCAAGAGAGCUCCUUGUACAUGCUCUGAAAUUUCAUUGAUAGAGAAGCAAAUAUUGGAAGAUCAAAUUUUCAGUGAAACAUUAUUAACUGGUGUUUCAAUGGAAUUGGGGUGUUUGCAAAAGGAAACCUUUGAUCUGAUGGGUAUCAAGGUCUUGCAAAAUGUUCAAAGGGAAAAUGAUCCAAAGCAAACAUCUGUGCCUGAUGAAAACAGUAAGACAUUGGGCAUCCAAAUUUCUGACAAGUUUGAUGGACCACAUACUACGAGGGAAAAUGAGAGUGGAGGUGCUGAUGAAUCUUCAGUAAGAAGAGACGAUGGAGAUGUAGAUGCUGUCCUUGCCACAAACAAGCAGGGUGAACAUGACAACCAAUCUUUAGAUGAUAAUAAUGCCUCCCAGAUGCUCAUGGACACCACUGUCGAUGUAGAUGAAGCUCGUGCUUUACAACUUGAGUUUUCAGGAAAUGCAGUUGAGGCAGAAAUUGAUAUAGCAAAAAACACGGCUUUGGCUGGAGUUGAGUUUCUAUGCCAUACUAAUGGUGCUUCGGGUGACUUAGCUGAAGCUAAUGCUUCUCAAUGUGAGGUUUCUGGUAAUGCAGUCGAGGUAGGGAUUGAACAAGUUAACAACUCAUUAUGUGAUGAAUUGGCUGGAUUUGGGUCUCUAUACCCUACAGAUGGUGUUUUAGCUAAAGCUAAUGCUUCUCAACUUGAACAUUCUGGAAAUGCUGUUGAUAUGGAACUUGAUCAAACAAACACUUCACUUGACGAUGCAGAAAACAAUGCUUUGGCUGGAGUUGAGUGUCUUUACCGUAUGCAUGAUGUUUUAGCCGAUGCUAAUGCAUCUCAACUUGUGUUGUCUGGAAUUGGAAUUGACUCAGGAUUCGACCAAACAAACGCUUCAAUCGAUACUGAUAAUGCUGCUUCGGCUGGAGUAGGGUUUCGAUACCCUUCUGAUGCUGCGUUGGGUAUUUCAUCUGCGUUGGUAGUCACUGAUUGCAAUGCAUCUAAUGGCCUGGAUUCCUCUAUGCAGUUAAAUGGAUCUUGCAUGUCAAAUGAGCACAUGAUGGGUAAUGAAGAUUUUGUGCCGACAAACAUGAGCUGUGAUAAACUCAUUAAUGAUAAUAAUCUUCUAGAAGGUAACACUGUUGAUAUCGCUGAAGUUGAAAAUUACCCCCGAGCCAAGGAAGGUGUAUCAUCGGGUGUAGCCCAAGUUGAUGCUGAAAUUGAAGCUAAUAAAGAUAUCAGAGCAGAAUAUGAUCCCCAGUUCGUGACUAAUAAUGUUAUAUGUGGUGAGAACCUUACAGUAGAUGACACCACAGGUGCUGGAGAAAUUCCUUCUGAACAGGAAACUUAUCUACAAAGCUUGUUUGAUGGAGAAGAAACUGUUAUAGAGCUUAAUGUUCCAGAUGUGCAGGUUCCAAAUUACUCUGGUGCUAUGAAUGAUACAGGGUUCCUAAAUGACGAUAAUGAUGGCGAUGAAGAAGAAGCUGGAGAGGCCGGUGAUGGUACGUUUGAUGCUGAAAAAGCAUGUUCAAUUGAAAACAGUGGGUGGUCUUCCCGUACUAGAGCUGUUGCCAAGUAUCUCCAGACUGUGUUUAGCAAGGAAACAGAACAUGGAAGGAACACUAUUUCCUUGGACAGCCUUUUGGCUGGCAAAACACGCAAGGAAGCUUGUAGGAUGUUUUUUGAAGCUUUGGUUCUUAAAACAAAAGACUACAUCCACGUGGAGCAGGCAAUUCCAUGCGAUGAUAUUACUAUACAGCCACGGAUGCAGCUGAUGAGAUCAGAGUUUUGAACAGAUGUUGAUGUAGGAAAAAGCAUGUAAAGUUUGUGAAAUCAUUUGCUAAUCUGUUUUCUUACUGAUUUAUGGCCUACGUUGACAUAGUUCAUAAGGCCGAAAAUCACGGAAUGCCAAUUGUCAUUUUUUGUUUCUUUUUGGGGGGUGGAGGUGGAGGUGGCAUUACCCCUGUUCCCAGUUAAAUUAAAUUAAAAUUAAAUAGCAUAGAGCAGUAGAAGCGUAGCUGGUCAUUAAUGCAAGUAUUGCGACACUUGACUGUAUUACUAUUUAUACAUUACAUAUAUGUAUAUAAGGCUAUAAGCUGUAAAAUUACAUCUUCUGGGAUUGACAGUACUUGCGUGAUAUGAACAGUUCAGUGUUCAUAAAUCAUCUGGUCUUCCGCCUUAAGUUGGAACCUUGAGAAAUGGGAAAUACAUUUUCAACCCACGUUC